CAAUCCUCUGGUCGGUCUUUCUUGUGAAGAAGAGGCCAACACUAGUCUGCGUCCGCCUCCCUCUGCCUCUCCUUCUCGCCAUUUCUCCUUUCUCGGCAAGAGACGAGCAGCGACGAACACAGUACCGCCUACGACUUUUCCUAACGACCACCUUCGACUGCAGUAUACCCUCUCGUUCUUCUCCGACUUUCCACUGUGUGCGUGUCCCUCAACCACACUAUCCAAGCGAACAUUUCAAGAGAUACCCCAGCUCCCCUCUCAGCCUUACGCAAUCCCUCCGUCCCUUCUUUCUCCCCCAUCCCCAUCUGCUAUACAUGCGCCCCUUUGACAGUAGCCAGCAGCGAUGAAGAAAUUCUUUGGCCGCUUCUCAACGCCCACGAGCCCGCCCACGACAUCGCCGCAGGACUUCAAAGACUUCAAGGCACCGCAGCAUCAGCCGCAUCAGCAACAGACGCAACAGAGAAGCGUAUCGGGCGAACGGGUCAAAGCGCUCACUGCUCGCUACGAGACGCUGACCGGAAAUGGGCCUGGGGGAGGAGCAGGCACAGGGCGACCAUCGGCCUCGAAUGGCAAAUCGGACGACAAGAAGAGCAGCCUGUCGUGGUUUUCAACUGCGCCAAAGGAAAAAACCCCCCACGCCUCGAGCGGAAUCUCGGUAGACACGAGCAGCGGCGAUGCUCUCGGAGAGACAAGGUACCAUGCGCCGCAGGACACCGCGCCUGGCAUUCGAGUCAAUGAUACGAGCGAGCAAGACGUGAUGGCUGCUGCUGCAGAGGACCGGGAGGUUUACAUGCUGCAAAACGACAGCGCAGCAGGUGCAAUGUUCACGCCACUCAGAUCUACCCGGGAAGCAACAGACCACGACUCGGGCCUGGGCCUCUCGCCGCCAACGUCGUCAGUGAUGCACAGGAUGCCGGGUGGGUCUGCGAACAAGUCCAAAGACGCCCGAGAUGCCAGCGGCUCAAGUGGGGGCAGCAAGACGGUCGCCUUUGCUCCUUCGCCAAAGAAGCCCGCAAGACCGCCUUCCCCUAGCCAGACAUCGUCCGUCCAAUUGCCGCCCCGUCCGAGCUCGGCUUCCUCGACGACGUAUCCUUCCUUUGCAGGUUCGCAACAGCAGCAGCAGCAGCAGCAGCAACAACAGUCGAGCUUUGCCAGACCCACCUUGGCCAGCUCGGCGAGGGCUCGCAGUAUAUCCAAGCCUCUGGAAUCUACGUCCACGACGAGCGCCAACGUUUCCGUCAACGGAGGCAGCUCUCAGAUGUUUCCAUCGCCGCAGUCUCACCCAACUGCUCUGGGGAGCCAGCCCAUUGAACGGGUGGCAUCAUCGGGCUCAUCCAAGAAGCCCGUUCGAAGGUCUAAUUCCGCCUCGUCGCCGUCCACAGCGCAAAGGAGGGACAUGCCCAUCAUCUCCCCGCCUGCGGCCAUGGGAAGCUCUGUCAGCUUGUCGCAUGGACACCAUCAGCAGGACAGCGGUGGCAGUGGCAGCGGUUUCUCGACAAUUCCCUUUGGCGGCGGCGGCGGUUAUGCUGGGCCCCACUACCGAUCGGGUAGCCCACAGAGCUUUGCAACAGGAAGCUCUUCGUUCGGUCUGCCCGCUUUUGGUGACAGUGGCAGCGGCAGCCGACCAGGUUCUCGCCGAGGAAGCAGCCUCCUGACGACGUCGGGCUGGGCCAGCGUGGGGGCAAAGACGCUGGGAGGGCCAAGCUGGAGCGAGAUGACCCACGACGACCUCGUUGCCAAUUUGGGGCCGAGGGAGCGCACCCGGCAAGAGGUCCUCUGGGAGAUUGUUGCCAGCGAGGAGCGCUACGUGGCGGAUCUGGAGAAGACAAAGGACCUGUAUUGCGAGGCGCUCCUUCACCCUUUUCGAUUCAGUCCUCCGGGCUCCCCAAAGACAGCGGAGUAUCCCUCAUCGACAUCGGAUCCAAAACGGGCGAAUCAUGCGGCGACAAACGACGUCAGCUACGGGAGCCCGCACCAAAACAACAACACGCUUGACGGCCUGGUCGCCGACAGUGCUGCAGAUCUACCCAUCGCAGCUCGCUACAUGAGGUCGGAGCGCGACCUAAGCGCCGAUGGCAAAGUCCCAUCCUCGACCGACAAUGGGGCUCAGCUUGGUCGUUCUUCGCUCUCGAGCAGCCGACCGUUGAAAAAUGGUCGCUCGAGCAUCGUCAACAGCGUCUCUGCACCUGCACCUGCACCUCCCACCGUGUCAUCACCGACAGCACCGCCGCGCCAGGCAGGCAAAGCAACACCCUCGGCAACGCAGAAGAAGAGAUGGAGCGCUUCGCGAGCAAAGCCAGCAAAUGUCACCUCUGGUUCUGAGGUCGUCAACUCCCAAGCUGGCUACCAUGGUGGGCCUUCGGUCCCUCUUCCACUCUCGCUGCGACUUGUCCUAGAGGCUGUCUCGGAUGGACUAUACGAAGGGCAUGCGCUCCUCUCUGAAGCCCUCAAGGCACGCUACGAGGAGCAGUGGCCUUUGGUCAGGAGCUUGGCAGACGUCUUCAGUCGGUACUCGUACGUCUUGAAGCAUUAUCACAACUACGUCGUCCACCUGGAAAGAGCGCUGGAUUAUCUCGAGGAGGCUGCGCUGAUGGAGAGGGCGAUGAGAGGCAAGAGGAUUAAGCGGGAGCGCCUGACCCAAACGGUGGCCCUCGGAAGAGCGAUUGCAUCACUCGAGGCGACAGCGGCCGAGCGAGGCGAAUGCGGGCUGUCGAUUCUCCUUUCGAUGCCUUUCCAGCGCCUGCUCAAGUACCCGCUUCUUUUCCAGAACCUCCUCUUCCACACCGAUCCAUCCACUUAUGAGUUUGAGUCGACGGUCGGCAUGGUUGUCGAUGUCGAGAGACUUGUUCGGUCCGUCGAGGACGAAAAGGUCAGCAGCGAGGAGAGGGACAAGACGCGAGACGCCUUUGCUCGGAUCGAAGGCCUCUCAGACAAGAGUGUCCUAAAGCCUAAAAAGGAUCGCUUGCUGAUCGAGGAGAGGGCACUGUAUGAAGAAGCACCGAAGAGGGCAUUAAGCGAGUCGGCCCAGAAGCAGGAACAGCAGCUCCUGGCAGGUUCUUCCUCUUCAAAACAGCAGACGACGACGUCGACCAACUCCCCAACGUCCCUGUCGACCAACCCUCCGGUUUCAACGGUUGUUGCUACGUCUUCGUCUUCGCCCGCCGUCUCGAGCCUUCGGUCGGCGCUCAAGAGCAAACGUUCGUACCGCCGGCUGUCCGACUUUCUCGGAAGCGAAGACAAGACGUCGACAAAGGCGCCCAACAUGGGAUCCAAGCGUGACAUUUGGCUCGUCCGCUUCUCUGACGUCGAGCUCAGGUGCCAGCGCGUGGGCGUGACAGCGCUGCCCAUGGUCAGUUCCGUGGCGAUUCGGCCUGAUGAGGAAGGAGAGGGCGAAGUCCAGGCAGCGUACGAUGGCGGAAUAAAAGGCGAAGGGGGCGAAGAAGACUUCGCGAAUCGGACAAAGGAGAGCAAGGAGCGUCUGAAAGCGUUGCGGCACACGACCUUGAGGGCAAAGACGAGGAAUUUGUACAAGUUUGUUGCGGUGCAAUCGUGGAAGGCCGUUGCUGUGCCCAAGAUGGGCGAUGACGAGGCAGCCGCCGCGGCAGCAGCAGCUGCUGCUGCUGCUGGAGAUCUGCUCGAAGUCGAUGAGGAGGAAAACGACGAGGACGAGGAGCGUUUGGCGAACGGAGAAGAUGGAGCAAGCGACGCUUCGGAAGAGACGGAAGCGGGGACCUUGGAUCCGGAGCGCUAUGUUCGACAGAGCAAGCUAAGUUUCUCCUACUGGGGCCACGACAAGAUCCAGCCAAACAACUACUACUCACCGUCCCCGUCGUCGGGCACGACCCCGGCCUCUCAGCAGCGUGCCUCUCCUCAUGCUUCGAGUGUGGCCGCGUUCCGGUCAUCGAGAUCGACAACAUCUCCUCAAAUGCAGCAGCAGCAGGGAUCACCAGUCAUGUCAAGCUCGCAGCAGCAACAACAGCAGAGGAGGGCAUCAUUGACAGGUACCUCCUCGUCGGCUGCGAUGGGCUCUCCUCAACCUCAGCAGCAACUGAACGCGAGGACAGUUGUCUCAAACAGCCAUGCCAAACCACGCGUGGAUAAAUUCGCAAACAGGCUGCGAUCUGAGAUGCCUGGUGGCGGAAAUGCCACAGGCGCAAGCGUAAGUCAUCAAAAUGUCGCUACGACGGCCGCUGCGCCAACGACGACCAUGGGAAAAAGACCAGGAUCGAGCUCAGUAACGGAGCUUGGGCAUUCUAGGGACAAUUCGUCUGGAGCCGCCAACAAAGCGAAAGCCUCUUCUGCUGCUUCGCCUGUGUUGAAGAAUGAACAACAGCACAGUCUGACGAUCCCCAGUAGCGAUAGCGCGGGCAGCAAUGGGAGCAGAAGCAUAGCUGGCAGACUCGUCAAGGACCAAAGCUUCGAUUCCAACCUACGACUCGUCGGCACACUCGUCGAGAGGGGCAACGUUAAGUAGUGAGGGACGACCUACUUUCUUCUAUACCUUUUACAUCUUUCCUACUUCUUUGACGUUUGGUUGCGACCAGACUUCCCGCCAGGUGAUUUGAAUAAUGAAGUGUUACGGGACAAGACAAAUCUAAUGACAUUCUUGACGAUCUCUAUGCGGUCUUUCUGCUU